AUGGAACUCGACCGAGAACAUUUUUGCACCAUAAUUUAUUACAACCUUCAGCGACAAUUAUCGCAACAAGAAUGCCUUGCUGAGUUACUGUCUGUUUUCGGCAACGAAGCGCCACAUCUGUCGACAAUUUCCCGUUGGUAUGGAGAAUUCAAACGUGGACGGGUGAGUCUUAGCGACGAUCCCAGGGUGGGUGCACCAAAAACGGCAGUCACCCAGGAAAACGUCGAUGCUGUGCGCAAGCUCAUCAUCGAAGAUAGACAUGUGACAUAUCGCGAGAUUGAGACGUCCUUGAAGAUCUCAAAGACCUCAAUUCAAACAAAUUUACAUAAACAAUUAGGAGUAAAAAAAUUAGUUUCUCGUUGGAAAGCCCACCUGUUGACUGAAGAGCAGAAAGCAGCCAGGGUUAAUUGGUGUCAAAAAACGCUUGACCGUUUCAAUUCCGGAAACUCAAAAAAUGUGUACAGCAUUGUUAGUGGUGAUGAAUCGUGGAUUUACUGUUAUGAACCAGAAAAUAAACGACAGUCGGCUGUUUGGGUGUUCCAAGUCAUCCGUUCUCGAAGUGUUUCGAAAAAUAUGGUCGCGAAAUUUGUGUCAAAAGCGGGUCAUAUUGCAACAAUUCCUCUUAAUGAGCAAAGAACUGUUACUGCGGAUUGGUAUACCACCAUUUGGUUGCCAAAACCCAAAAAACAAGGCAAAACAAGGCAGUAUUUAACGGAAGAAAACGUGGAAUUAUUGGACCAUCCUCCAUAUAGUCCCGAUCUAAGUCCUAACGAUUUCUUUACUUUCCCGAAAAUUAAAAACAGACUGCGUGAUCAAAGGUUCCAGUCACCAGAAGAAGCAGUUGACGCAUUCAAAAAUGCCCGGAAUAAGUGCUUCGAAAAUUGGUUCGAGCGCAUGCAGAUGUGUAUUAAUCUUCGUGGAGAAUACUUCGAAACACAAUAG